AUGUCCUCAAAGGCCCCAUUCGGAGAUCCCCAGUGGCAUACACAGACAGACUCGCCUAACUACCGCGAGUCUCACAGAGCUCUGCAAAAGGAAAUUCGCGCAUACGUGGACAAGGAAAUCCGCCCGUUUUGCACGGAGUGGGAACAACAGGGAUGCAUUCCUGACAAAGUUGUUGCAAGGCACGCCAAACUCGGAUACUUUGCCGCCUCGGCAUAUCCCAUCCCAGUUGACUAUGUGCAGGGAAUUCGACUCCCAGGCGGAGUUGCGCCGGAAGAGUGGGACGUGUUCCAUGACUAUAUUGUCAUCGAUGAGAUGGCCCGAUGCGGCCACCUGGGCGUCGUUUGGGGUAUCAAUGGCGGAUCUACCGUUGGGUCUCCUCCCUUGAACCAUUAUGGCUCUGUUGAACAGAAGAAGCGCUAUCUCGGCCCGCUCCUGCGGGGACAGCAGAGGCACUGCUUGGCCGUGACCGAGCCUGGGUCCGGAUCCGAUGUUGCUGGCAUCGAGACGGUUGCUGAGAAGUCGGUAGAUGGCCGCCACUGGGUGAUUAAUGGCUCAAAGAAAUGGAUCACUCAAGGCCAGAAAGCCGACUACUGUCUGACAGCUGCACGCACGGGAAUGUCAGGUGCAAAAGGAUUAUCGAUGUUUAUGAUCCCGAUGAAUGCCAAAGGGGUUACCAAGCGGAAGAUGACGAACUCAGGCGUCAGCUCCAGUGGAUCCACAUACAUUGAGUUUGACGAUGUUGUCGUCCCGAGUGAGGAUUUGGUUGGAGGAGAGGGUGAAGGGUUCGCAAUCAUCAUGUCUACCUUCAACCAUGAGCGAAUUUGGAUGGGUAUUAACGCAUUGCGGUUGGCUCGCGUGUCCCUGGAAGACGCGUACGAUCAUGCGCUGCGUCGUGAGACAUGGGGUAAGAAGUUGAUCGAAAACCAGCUACUCCGAGUCAAGUUCACCGAAAUGGCGCUCCUUAUUGAGACUUGCCAUUCGCUUAUGGAGAACGUGGUACAGCGCUCUCGUCUAGUGUCCGCGUCAGAUGUGGAGCUCGGAACGUGGGCCGGUAUCCUGAAGGUACAGGCAGCUCGCACUUUGGAGAAGGUAAACCGAGAGGCACAGCAAGUAUUUGGGGGUCUUGGAUAUUCUCGGGGCGGCGCCGGCGGUAGAGUUGAACAGAUUAGUCGCGAUGUUCGGGUCAUCGUUGUGUCUGGUGGCAGCGAGGAGAUCCUGCUCGACAUGAUCAUCAAGCUUCAGCGAAAGCUCGCUGCAGCACGCCUUUGA